ACAAAGCCGUCAAAAUCGUCAAAUUAAAUUUGACGUUUGUUUGCUAAAAUAAAAUUGUUGUGGUGUGUGGAUGAUACGUUUUUGCGUUGCGACCAAAAGUUUUGUUUUGUUGCUUUAACUUAGUUCAUAGUGAUUAAGUUCUUAAGUAUAUUUUUGAUUUCAAUGAACAUCUGAUCAUAAUGGGCUGCCUAACUUGGAUCAGAGGUUUCAAAAUAUCCUUUCCCUUUAAAGACAAAGAACUCAAUAAAAUAGCUGCUUUCUUCAAUGUGGCAACAUUUAUUCUGACUUGUGCUGCUCUAGUGCAGCCUAGUUGGUUCAGGAUCAAGGGCUUACACUGUUCUCAGAGUUUGUCCCUUGUUCAGUUCUUCACAUUUGACGAUGAUGAUGAUGAAGAUGAUGAUAUAAGCAUUCACCAAAGCUCUAUAUUUGAUCCAAUGAAAAAUGAUUUCAAUGGUUUGCCUCCGUGCAGUACACCAGAGAUAAUCACUUUAAUGAGAAUACUAAUUUUACUCUGUUUUAUGGUGCUACUUUGCUCUUUUGUUGGCAUUGUUAUUAACAUCACAAGUUUGGAAAUCAGAGCCAUAAAGACUCUGCGGAGAAACGCAGUCCCUAGCAUUAUGUGUGUCUUCUGGGUCAUCGCAAUAGUAGGAGUGUGCUACUACACAACCGUUGUGUUAGGGAAUGAAAACAACACGGAUCAUAAUACAAUACAAGUGGAUUAUGAAUAUGGCUUUUAUACCAUAACUGGAGCAGGAACAUUAGCUCUGUUAGCAUCGGCUGCAAAUCUGUGGGGUGCUCCUUUGUCAAACGAUGAAGAUGUCCUAACACGAAACCUUAUGGAAGACUGGGACGGUUUAGAUGCCCACACCGUUGGCCCCACCCCUGCAGUCCCGACUCUUCCCCCUUACACCCCCAACGCAGAUUAUAUACCUACAAUUCAUACAAACUACGCCCCACCUACUUUAGGGACACAACAAUACUUCCCUUUUGAUGAUCUAUCAGUGUUACCACCACCACCCCCAUAUACGCCAUGAAACUUUUUCUACUCACUCUCAACAUUUUGAAAUCAUACUUUCUAUAUUUAACGAUCUCCUUAUCAUUUUCUUAAUUUUAAUUUUGUGAUGGUAGCCAUGGGGAUUGUAAUGUUGUAGGCUAACAUGGUUGAGAUUGUUGUUUGUUCUCUUGAAUCAUUUUCACUAAAUUAACACUAAUCCUAAGUGUCUUCUGCCCACUUAAAAAUAUCUUGCUAUAAAUCAUUAUUUGUCUCUGAGGUAUGUUUGACCAGGCAAAAUAACUGGGUGGUGCAUGGUAUUGAUAUUUUAUGUAUGUAGUUAAACCCUUGGGCUAGUUUCAAGUCAUGCAUUGACUGUAAACUGGAAAUUAGCCACUAACUAAAAGUUAGCUAACAUAAUAAUAUAGUAGUUAACAUAAUACGAAAUAGCCAAAUAUACUUGUUAAAAGAAACCUAACAGUAGAAAAUUGUGAGUCUUGAUAAAAUCGAAAUAAUUUGUUCUAUGUAUAUUGUGGUUGUGAGAUGAUUACAUUAAUGACAACUGUUCACUUUGUGAUUUGCCAUUUUAGUGCCUAAUCGUAUCGUGUUUCUCAUGAUGCUUAAACAUUUACUAUAAAAUUUGUUUCGACUAAUAUAAUUGUCUAGAUUGGAUUCAUUAUUUGAAAUAGAAUUUGGGUCAGAAAAUCAACCCUUGAAUAUGUACAGGAGUACCUAAAGGUAAACAUAAUUACCCUUAGGUAAUGUUGUAAAUAAUGUAGAGUGAUAAUGCCUAAAUAAAUGAUUAAAGCAUCACAUUAAGACUUCAAGUAUACAAUGUUAUUCUACUUCAAAUAAUUGGACCCAUCAAGACUGUAAUUUGCACCCUAGAUUAAGAUUUAUUUCUGUAGGUAGUUUAUACUUAUUUAUAUAAAACUAUGCCUUCUCCAAAAUGUUCAAAAUUUAAUGUUAUAGCGUAAUUAUUUUAAUUCCAACAGAUAGAAAGACGGAAGUUCAUCGUUCAUUUCCCAAUAUAACUUAAUAGUAAAAUAUACUUACUGCAUUUUAUCAAUAUGUGUAUGAAAUAUAAUAAAGUGUGUAGGCAAUAUAGAAAGAAUAAUAAACUUUCCAAAAGGUAAAAUUUAGAAUAAUAUUAACCAAUAACCAAAUAACCUGAAAGUAGUUGAACAACAACAGUGUUUAACAACAAAAAUAAGUACUUUUAUUUGGUAGGGAGGUAUGUACUGUCUAUUUAUCCUUCACCAUAAGACAAGUUUUGAUUGAAUUCAACUUCCUAAUGUUAUUAUAGAUCUACUUUAGAUUUUAUCAAACAGAAGUAAAGCUAUAAUAAUGAGGUGCUAUUUAUGUAUGUAUUACAUUUCUAUUUUAGCUUUUAUUUUCCUUUUUUAUAAUGUUAAUAGUAUAAUAACCUGAAAACCCAUCAUUAUGGGGGAUGAAUAAAAUUGAAUCUUAAAAUAUUUUCCACAGUUGGAAUAAUUUAGACAUUUCCUCCAUUAUUGUGAUAGGUUUUAAUUGUAGGUCUUAAGUUUAUUUGAGUGUGAAUUGUGUUAUAAGACUUAUGUUUCAUUUCAUUAAUCUUUAAUAAAAAUGAGCUUUUAGAUUACACAAUCAAAAGAUCUGAGUUUUUCAAUAAAUGGACGAUGACUAAAUUGUGUAUGUACAUUAAUAUUCUAACAAUAAUAAUAAUUAAUAGUACUGGUAGCAUCUGAUUUGAUGUAAUAGAUUCUGAUUAAAUGAUAUUCUAUGUUACCAAAAAUAUUACAAGUGUUAUUAGUUCUUGUUCGUUAAUGUAUAGAAUUCUUCUAGGUGUAAGAAUAGUUAUUCCUAGUGAUGAACUGGGAAGUUUAUUU